GCCCACAGGAGAAGUACAGCGAGGCAGUGGUGCGGCAGACAAUAGAUGCCGUGCUGCUGUCGUCGCUGCUGCCGCGCACAAGAAUACAGCUGCAGCUGCAGGUGGUGCAUGACGAUGGCUCGCUGCUGGCGUGUGCUCUCAAUGCCGCCUUUGCUGCUCUCCUCGAUGCCGGCUUGCCUCUCGCCUGCUUCCCAGCGGCAGUGCAGCUGGCACUGGACUCACAAGGUCAACUGUUGCUAGACCCAACCAAGCAGGAGCAGCAGACAGCGUCUGCCACCCUCUGCACAGUGUUUGCAAACCACCCUCUAGCACCGGACGGCACAGUGCUUGCUACAGUGCCCACUGGGCCAGGUGGGGCGGCAGCAGCAGGGAGCAGCAGCAGUGGGCAAGAGGCGGUAGAUGGGUUGAUAACGUGUGAAGCCACAGGGCGGAUCAGAGCCCUGAAGUAUGUGGAGGCGUUGGAGCGAGCAGAGCUGGCGUGUCGGGUCAUCGAUGCCUUCUCCCGCACUGGCCUUGAGCAGUAUCAGAAGAGAAGAGAGGUGGUGGCAGGGUGA